AUGGAUGGUCUUGGUUUGCGCAGUGAGGCUCAUUCGUUGAACUCUGACCGGUUUUUGUCCCUUCACGCCUACGAAGCAAAGAUGAUUCGGGAAGAGCUGUCCUCUAUACGACCUGAACAUUUGUUUCCCGUCUGCGUAUUGUUCGGUAUCUUCUUCCUCUCCUUAGCCGCAUGUUUAUUUGACUGCUGGAGAGAAAGACAUCGACAACUGGAGGAAUUAUCAUUUCAAGGUCGGCCACUACCGCAAAUCAAAGUAACAGACGGUAAUACGGGUGAAGAAAGAAUUGUAACUGCUCAUUGAAAAGAUCUCAACUUUUCAUGCGUGUACAAUAAAGUAAUUUACUCUACGUCAAGCAUGUGAUAUUUGCUGCUCAAUUAUCCAGGACUUGCGUUGUAUGGAAAAUCAUUUUGAUUUGUUGGUUGUGCCAUAAAAUAUGUGAGCAAUGAAGAAUGUAAGAAUUAUGUUAGAAAAAUCAGAUUACAUGUAUUUGAUGAUUCCAGGAGGAUCUCAAUUGAGUCU